AUGACAGAAGAUGACGGGAUACAGUUGUCGCUGAGGGACAAGUCAAGUUUAAAGAUGGAAAAGCCUUGUAUUUUCCAGUGGAAGAGCCGGUGGGUCGUGCUUGGGAAGCCCUCUCCGGUCGCGGACUGCCUGUCUCUGCUGGUGUACAAGGACCGGGGGGAGAGGGCGCGGGGCCACCGGGAGCGGGUGCACCUGACACUGGAGGGGAUCUGUGGUUUGGAGCCCGGCCAGGGCUAUGACGGGGUGGCCUACACCCUCACCCUGCUGUGCCCCGGACAGAGCCUGGCGCUGGGCUUCGACACCCAGGAGGGCCUGCUGGCCUGGGAUGCCCGCCUCCGUUACAGCCUGGGAGAGGUCCACAGGUUCACAGUAGGCAUUCAGCCUGGUACCAAACUGGAGAGUGGCCCCGCCUCCCUCCACCUGUGCAACGACCUAUUGGUCCUGACCAGGGACCUCCCCCCGACCGUCAUUGGCCAGUGGAAGCUGUCGGAGCUGCGUCGCUAUGGCGCCGUGCCCAGCGGCUUUGUCUUUGAGGGAGGAACUCGCUGUGGAUAUUGGGCCGGAGUGUUCUUCCUGUCCUGUGCGGAGGGGGAGCAGAUCAGCUUCCUGUUUGACUGCAUCGUCAGAGGGAUCUCUCCCAGUCGAGCUUCGCAUGGCCUUAGACCUGCCCUGCCAGAUCCGAGUGCCAACCCGUCGGUCUCAGAAGAGAGGAUCAGCCAGGAAGCAUCGGAGCUGGAGAGGAGACUCAGUGUGCUGUCUCACAGACACAGCAGCACAGCCUCCACGUAUAGCUAUAGCACCUCCGUUGCCGGGGAUGACCACAGCAGUAUCUCCAGCUCCUCCUCCAGCCAAUCGGACACAAGCUACGGGAACCAUCUCUCUUUGUGGGCAGAGCCAGGCCGGAGAUUGCAUCCCUCGUCAGAGUCCUUGUUCGCUGCUCCUACGACAAAGGGCUCGCCCAAUCCGGAUGAUUGUCUCUAUGCAGCUGUGGUGGGAGGCUCUGUGAUUCGUCCUUCCUCUAACCAGCGCCAUGUACGCGGUCUCCACGACAGCGGGCGGCAGAGCUCAUUGGACAGUGGAAUUGGCAUCGCCACCAGCAGCCAAUCAUCAUACUCUGGGAGUUUUUCUUCAUGUAGUCUGGACACAGCCGGUCAGGGAGGGGGGGAGGAGUUUGGGUCCCAGUUCAGUCUCCACCCUCCUCCAGCACCUCCCCCCCCACCUCCUGUACCUCCACCUCCUCUCUCUCCACCCCUGCUAGGAUGUACCCCAGACUAUAGCCCUGUUACCCCUCCACCUUGCUCUUGUCCCCCUAGCGCCGAUACUAGUUCCCCUACUGCCCCCAAAAGGCAAGGAGAGGAAUACCAUGUCCCCAGCCUACUACGACUGCUCUAUGACACACCCAGGAACCUGCUUCAUAGCCAGACUCUAAAGGAUCCGUUAGCCCGGGCAGGUAUACCCGAAAUGGGCAAGGACAGGAGGACUGGUGGGGGUGUAGGGGGUCAGGGAUUGAGUGAUGACCCACCGAACCCCCCUCUCCAUAGGGCUGGGGGGCGAUGCAUGUCCCCUAUAGAGCGGCCUCUGUCUCAGGGCAGGGAGACAAAAGCGCCCCCUGUGGAAAAUUCUGAGCACUGCAGCUCAAUACCAGCCACCUUCAGAUUACCACCCCUACCAGGCUGUCCAGUGUGUAGGGGGACACAGUGCAAUCACUGUUCAGACCUAAACUACAUUUCCCAUGAGCAAUGGUACUCAUCUCAGGAAAGAGGCUAUUUACAGGGAACCAGUGCAGCAUUAACAAGACCGUCCCCUUCCACGCCUAUACCAGACCAACCAUCCAAACAGAGGGAGGAGGAGCGGAGGAGGGAGCGGGGCGAGGGGGUACCCUGGUCCUGUUCUCUAGAGCCCCUAAAGGCCCCUCCCCCUGGCAAACUUGUGCUCCACAGACACAACUCGCCAGUCUCAGAUCUUAAGUCUGCUCAUGAGCUGACUGAAGCCCUGAGGAGUGGAGAGCUCCGACUAGAAGAGUACAGGAGUUUCUUUACUCCCCCCCCAGAGGGCCCCUCCCCGUCCCUGAAGGUGAGGGCCCGUAGUGACAGCGCAAACUAUGUCAACAUCCCCGUCAGCCCAGUGGCUAAAGCUAACGCUAGCAGAGAGACGCUCUACAUGGAGCUGGACCUGGAGGGGCCCGCUGUGGCAAGCACCCCCGCUCUCUCCUCUACACCCACUACAGCGAGAGGAGGGGGCUCCACCAGGUACGCCCACAUAGACAUCGCAGCCACGGAGACGGCCCAGAGGGUGGGGGCGGAGCACGCGCAGGGGAGGGAGGACCGAUUGGCCGAGCUGGAGCAGAGGAGGUGGGGCCCUCAGACCUAACCCCUCUGCCCCCAAACAACGCAAUCAGGGAAAUAAGACAAUUAGAUUUUUACUACAAAUCAUGUGUAUUUAUGCUGCAAAGGACACUGAAAUCCAAAAUUCAGUGUGCUCUUUUUUUUUUUACAUGUACUUAGUCAAUACUCAUGCCUUGUGGCUGUAUAAACUGGGGAAUGUUUAAUCAGGGAAUUGAUGUUCAGUAAAGCAGGUGUGUUUACUGUAUAAUGUUGUGCAACCUGUGACAAAGCCUGACUUUCUUGGAAACAACUUGUAAAUAGUGACUGCUUUUAACUUUGAUGGGACUUGUAUGAUACACCUGCAAAAGCAAAAAUACAUUAUACAAAAAGCAUCAAUUUCUUAAAUGUU